AUGGCUUCCCCUUCCGUGAACACAGCACCCCCGAAGCUCGGCCAGAAGGCCGGUACCUCGUCCAAGUCAAGAAAGGACUCUGCCUCCAGUGCCGCCUCAAGCAGAGCCGGCACGAGCCCCAAGUCCGCCAAGAAGACUCCGCUGCGCAAGAAGGAGCCCGCGCCCAUCCCCGACGACGCUGAAGAGACGUCUGUGCCUGAGACUCCGUCGCCCAAGUCGAAGAAGCAGACUGGUCGCUCGGAGCAGCGUCGUCCCAUCUCUCCGCCUGACGACGCCGCAUCUCAGGCGUCUGGCUCGGCGGCUCAGCUUGGAGGAGCUGCGUCUGGGGCCUCUGGAAAGGCAAAGGGUCUCGCCGGUAAGGCGAAGGAUAGCGUGCAGAAUGGUGCCGAUGCUGCCACCGAUGCCAUGCCGCUUGACCUGUCUGCGCUCAAGGGUCUCGAGGUCGCUGAUGGUGGCCAAGUCCUAGGAAAGGACGGCAACGCCCUGGGUGAAGUGGUCGAAGGGGAACCCGAGGAUCUGGUUGGUCAGACCAUUGGUGAUGAUGGCGAGAUCUUGGACGAGGAGGGCGACCUCAUUGGCCGUGUGGACAUUCUACACGACGUCGUCGACAAGGCUAAGAAUACUCCCAAGGAGGCCCAGUCCAAGGCCGGUGAGGCGAAGGAUCUGGUUACGGACCUUGCUCAGCUGGAGGGUCUUCCGAUCUCCGAGGGCGGCGUUAUCAAGAACGCCGCCGGCCAUGUUGUCGGUCAGAUUGUUGAGGGAGACCCGGAAGACCUGGUUGGAUACACUCUCAACGACGAAGGAGAGAUUGUCGAUGACGAAGGCGAUGCUAUUGGCCGCGCGGAUCUGAUCCCGGUCGAAGAGCAGCAGAAGGCCAUUGAACAAGCCGCCAAUGAUGCCACGGACAAGGCUGACAGCCUCAAGGGCGACGCUGAAGACAAAUUUGAAGAUGCGCAAGAUGGUAACCCCGUCGAUGAAGCUCAGGACGGUGUUCCUGACGUUGAUGAAGUCAAGGACACCGCGGAAGACACUGCCGAGGACGCUAAGGACACAGGGGAAGAUGCCGCCGAAGAAGCCAAGCAGCGAAUCCCAUCAAUCGACACUCUGGAGGGUCUGACGUGCAACAAGCGCGGCUACAUCAUCGACCAAACCUCCGGCAAGCCCGUCGGCGAGAUCAUCGAAGGCGACCCCAAGAAGCUAUCCAAGCUGGGCGCGACGCUGGACGAGAAAGGCCAAUUCUGGGACAACCGCGGCAACGUGAUCGGCAAGGCGAAGGCGCUUCCAGUUGAAGAAGACAACGACGAAGAAGGGCCGUUCUCAGGACUUGAAGGACUCGUCGUUGGCCAGGAUGGCUGGAUCGAAGACGAGAACCAGACUCGCGUCGGCCGACUUAUUGACGGUGAUGCGAAGAAGGUGAUUGGGCGGGCCGUUGAUGAAGAUGGCGAGGUCCUCGAUCGACAUGGCAAUGUCAUUGCGCGCGCUGAGCGCUGGGAGGAACCCGACGCACCGGAAGAGGAGCCUAUUGAUGUCUCUUCUAUGAACGGCCUCUCAUGCAACAAGGCAGGCUAUGUCAUCGGAUCCGAGGGAUUCCCCAUCGGAAGGGUUAUCGAGGGUAACCCGAAGGAGCUGGCCCGCAAGAAGAUCGAGGAUGGCGAGAUCUACGACGGCAAGAAGGUUGUCGGUCGCGUCGAGCUCAUUCCCGAGGACGAGCGCGAGAGCAAGGCCGAAGGUCCGUUCGCAGGUAUGGAGGGCCUCGUUGUCACCAAGGACGGGUUCGUUGAAGACGAAGACGGUACUAUUGUCGGCCAGCUCAUCGAAGGCGACCCCAAGAAGCUGCGUGGUCGUGCCGUGGAUGAGGAUGGAGAAAUCACCGACAAGUACGGCAAUGUCAAGGGUUGCGCUGAGCCAUACGAGCCGCCAGAGGAGGAAGCCCCCGUCGAGGAUGAUCUGUCGUCUCUCGAAGGCAAGGUCGUCAACAAGAUGGGCAACGUCGUGGACCCUGCCACCGGUGCUGUCUUUGGCCGCAUCGUCGAGGGCGACAAGCGACUGGCCGGCCGCAAAGUCGAUGGCAAGGGCCAGGUCUGGGGUGACAAUGGCAAGGUCGUCGGCCGGGCAGAGCUCAUUCCCGGCGCGGAGCAGCAGAAGGCCGAGGGCCCGUUCUUCGGCUUCGACAACGCAGAGGUCGGCAAGGAUGGCGUGGUCGUCGACGGCGGCCGCAUCAUCGGACGUCUGACCGAGGGCGAUGCCAAGCGCCUCCUGGGUCGCAAGGUCGAUGAGGACGGCGACAUCCUGGACAAGAACGGCAACACCAUCGGCAACGCUGAACGCUGGGAGCCCGAGGAGAAGAAGCGCGAUGUCAACCCCAUGUCCGGCCGCAAGGUCACCAAGGAGGGCGAGGUGCGCGAUGCCGACGGUAAUCUCAUCGGCAAGUUGACCUCGGGCAACCUGGCUACCUUGGUUGGAAAAGUCAUCGAUGACAACGGCUUUGUUGUCGACAACGACGGCAACAAGCUAGGAGAAUGCACUUUGCUGGAGAACAUCCCCGAGGAAGAGCCGGAGGGCCCUUCGCCUGAAGAGGAAAAAGCAGAGACCGACCGCAAGCUGGCCGAGAAGAUGUCCAGCAUCCUCGGCAACACCCUGGAGCAGGUCAAGCCGGUGUGCAACAUGAUCACCGAGGUGAGUUUGUUGAAUCCCCAGACUCUUAACCAUCCACUAAUAUUUGCCCUGCAGCACAUCGAGAAAGCCGACCGCACCCCGAAGGAAGAGCUGGACGAGGAAAAGCUCGUCGAGAAUGUCAAGCCUCUUCUGGAAGAAGGCAACCGCAUCCUUCAGGAGUGCAACGGGGCCAUCCGCGCUCUCGAUCCCGACGGCCGCAUCGCUGCCACAGCCAAAGCGCGCGCUGCCUCGCGCGAGGCUUCACCGGAGGAGUACCACCUGGCCGAUAUGCUCAAGGAGCUGACCGAGACGGUGGUUAAGACCAUCGACAACGGCCGCAAGCGCAUUGCCGACAUGCCUCACGCCAAGAAGCAACUGAACCCGCUCUGGGGUCUGCUCUCCGAGCCGCUUUUCCAGAUAAUUGCCGCAGUGGGCUUGUUGCUCACCGGUGUUCUGGGUCUGCUGGGUCGUCUGCUGGACGGCCUUGGGUUGGGCGGCUUGUUGGAUGGUCUGCUCGGUUCGCUGGGAUUGAACCGGUUGAUUGAGGGUCUGGGACUCGGUGGGUUGACGGAUGCCCUGGGACUAGGAAAGAAAUGA